GGGCCUGUGGGCCGUGGCCCAUCAAUCCUCACUUCCUAUUCCCAAAACCUCAAACAAACAACAGCGCACCGCCAUCAUAAAGGCAACAGAGGAUACAGAUGUCAUUAAUCAUUUUGUCGAACACAUUUCGGUCAUUCCACUCAACUCCACUCCACUCCUCUCCAUACUCUUAACUCCCACCAUUCCCCUCCACGGUCCACACUCUCCACUCGCUGUCUCUGCAACUUUCACCCAAAAACUUCAAACUCUCCAUAUUUUUCCUUUUAAAUGAAUUUCGUAGCUAAAAUAAGAAUUUUAUAAAAGGAAAGGUGAAAUGGGUUCUCGGGUUCAGUCUCACAAGCUAAGCAAUGGGCUGUUGGUGUCGGGAAGGCCGGAGCAGCUGAAAGAAAGGCAACCGACAAUGCCGUCUCGAGCGGUUCCGUACACAGGCGGUGACGUUAAGAAAUCCGGCGAGCUUGGUAAAAUGUUUGAUAUCCCAGUGUUUGAUCGUUCCUCGUCCAGCGGUCCUCCUUCACAUCCCAACUCAAACCCCAACUCCAAGCAGCAUUCACAAGUUCUGCAACCUUCACGUGCUUCUUCUUCUUCUCAGCCGAACAGUGGAUCCGUGCGAUCUGGGUCUAACUCAGGCCCGAUUAGGAAAUCCUCCGGGUCCAUGCCGCUUCAGCCUACUGGGCUCAUCACUUCGGGUCCCCUCAGCUCCGGUCUCAGGAGGUCGGGGCAGCUCGGCCAGGUCGAGAAAAUGAGUGCUGUUUCGGGGAAAGCAGGGUACGGGUCGGCGGUGACGAGUCUCGGGGAAGGGGUGAGGUUUGGUUUUAGGGUGUCCAAGGCUGUGGUUUGGGUGGUGAUGAUAGUUGUGGCGAUGGGGUUGUUGGUGGGGGCGUUUCUGAUGGUAGCAGUGAAAAAGGCGGUGGUUCUUGGGGUGGUGGGUGCGGUGGUCGUACCCAUGGGUUUGGUAUUACUCUGGAAUUGUAUAUGGCGAAGAAAAGGCUUGUUGGGGCACAUGAGAAGGUACCCAGAUGCUGAGCUUAGAGGUGCUGUUGAUGGCCAAUAUGUGAAAGUUACUGGGGUUGUCACCUGUGGCAGCAUUCCGUUGGAGUCAUCGUACCAGAGGGUGCCCAGAUGUGUAUAUGUUUCCACAGAAUUGUACGAGUAUAGAGGAUGGGGUGGGAAAUCUGCAAAUCCUAAGCAUCGUUACUUCUCCUGGGGAUGUAGGCAUUCUGAGAAAUAUGUUGCUGAUUUUUACAUAUCAGAUUUUCAAUCUGGAUUAAGAGCACUAGUCAAAGCAGGCUAUGGAGCUCAGGUUGCCCCAUUUGUCAAACCAGCUACUGCAGUUGAUAUAACAAAAGAAAAUAGGGACUUAUCUCCAAGCUUUUUAAGCUGGUUAGCGGAGAGGAAUCUCUCUAGUGAUGAUCGUAUAAUGCGCUUAAAGGAGGGUUACAUAAAAGAAGGGAGCACUGUAAGUGUGAUGGGGGUUGUCCGACGCCAUGAUAACUUACUCAUGAUUGCCCCACCAUCAGAACCUAUCUCAAUAGGCUGUCAAGGGAGCCGAUGCCUCCUCCCAACAUAUGUUGAAGGUCUUAUUCUAACAUGCGAUGAGAAUCAGAAUGCUGAAGUUGUCCCCGUGUAGAUAUUGCCAUGAUUGAUUUUAGUUUCUGUUUGCAACCGGAUGUCAGUAAGUAAAUACUGUUAAGGAUGGAAGUAUCACAGUGCCAUAUUACUGUCUCCCAUUGCCUGCAAAUCAAGUCCAUGCAUGUAUGCAUUGGGGUAGAAUGCAAGACACAUAACACUUAAGAGCAAGUCUGGAAUCGCAUUCUAACAGGGGAUAAUCUACUUCGAAUCAGCGUGCCUUGAUGGGGAAAAAGGUUUUUGUUCUGGUUGAAACUAUAGAAUAUGUUGUCUUGUGAAGAUCCACGAGUAUAUGUGUGGAUGUAUAUAAGUUGAAGAGGAAGGGGUUCAAAGCGGUUGGUUUCGUCAGACAAGGUAAAUUUUCUGAGCUUGUAUGCAUUUGCUGGUUUUAUGUUAUCGCUAAUAAAGUAGAUGGCUACGCAUGUCAAAUGUUAUGAUAGAAAUACAAAGUUGUGCUGCUUUGCUGUGUGUCGCUUUAUUUUCUAA